AUGGCCUCCUUUCAAGAUCUGCCGCACGAGAUAGUCCAGCUUAUCGGCAGCUACCUAUCACCGGCCAGUCUGCACAAUUUCUCCCUGGUCAACAGCCUCUGCUGCGCUGUCUCUGACCCAGGCAUCUUCCAGCACAUCCAUCUCGUUCUCUCAGAGAGGAAGAAACUGAUCGAAGAGCUGCACCGAUGGGACCAGAUUCUACAUCAAAGCCCAAGGCGAGCAAGCAGACACAUCCGUCGUCUCACUAUCAGCUGUACCUGCUACCCCCGUGGCUGGACGGAUUUUGAAUCAUGGGCUGAGAAUGAGUCCUGGGUCUGCGGGUGUUACUGCGACUGUUGCCCCGAUAAUGGCGUCCUAGACGACUUUUUCUACUAUCCUGCUGGCUCGACUGAUCUUACUGCCGCUAAACUUGACCGGGCAGGCCAGGCAGAGCUUGAAGAGGAAGAUAAACGAUGGCUUUGGCACGAGAAAUUCAACUGGAGACCUCUGACUGAGUUUAUCGCUCGGCUUCCGGCCCUACAUGAGCUGGUGUACUUUAGGUUGAAUAUACCAUCGUCAACUGAUUACCUCGCCAAACCUACACCAUGCAGCGGUGGAUGUAUCCAAGACAUCCCACGAGCUUCAGCGCCGGAUAUUCCACCCAGAAGUCUAUACUGGCUAGGUAUCUCGAACGAUAACGUGACAGCGACUUGCUUCGAGGCCCUGGCUAGAUACAUACUUUUCUCCCGCUUGCGUUGUCUGGUGCUCCUGGGUGACAUUCAGAAUGAUGGGAUAGCAUGGCUGGUGUCGAAUGCAGGCAUAUUCACAUCCCUUGAGGCCCUUACCUGCGACCUAACUACCCACGAUGAUGACACGGACUCCUUUGAAGUUCGGCAACGCAGGGAUCAAACUGGCGUUGCGGUUCUAGCAGCCUUUCGUCCCCUCAAGAGGUUGACGCUAAACAACUUGUAUGGUAGAGCGGUGUAUAAUGCUGCCCUACGGUACCACGGUCCAACAUUACAACAACUUUUCUUGCACUCUACAAAUCGCAAGAUCUUGCUCCAUGCGUCUGUCAAGAUGAUUGACAAUAUCCGCCUUACUUGUCCCAAUUUACGAAAAUUACGUCUAUCCAUCCGCCGCUCCCAGGGCGAUCGGCAUGAAGUCGAGCAUUACCGGGCUUUGGCCAAAAUACCCAAGCUGGAACUACUACACCUCUACCUUGAUCCCAUAAACUAUUCAAGGGACCCAGACUCCCCGGAGACAUAUGAUUUGACACGGGCCCCUAUUGUAGACGACGCGUAUAUUCGUCAAAGCCUGGUAAAUUGCGCUGUUGACGCUUCUCUGGCCGUCAGCAUAUUCAAGAUCAUUGCCAAAAAUCCUUUUACUAGUGGGUAUUCAGCAUUCAAAGACAUCACGGUCUAUGUACGCACUGGUAGCGCACGGGAUAUUAGUUCGGGGAACCCGCGUUACGCAUCUUACUUCUCUUUUUUCCGCUAUUCAACCUACAAGCCAUGGAAGUGUACUCGCGGUGAGGGUUAUGAUGAGGUGGUUGUUAAGAAGAUCGACAUUGAACAUUGGUCUAGUAUAAGUGAGGAUGAGAUUGAAGAUCUUGAUAGGGACCAUGCAGGGUUGUUUAGGAGUAUUUGGCCGGAAAGACGAGGGAGAAAUUGCUUGGAGGAUUGGUAUAGCCUGCCUUUGGAUGUAGAUACCUAA